AUGCCAACAUCAUUUGUUUAUGAAGAGUUAGUUUCUCAAGUUCAAAAAAUUCAAAAUCAAAUGCUUCAAAUAGAAAAUAUUCUUGAUAAUCAAUUGCAAACUGAAAAGAAAAUACAAAAUGAAUUGAAAUCACGUUCAUUAACACUUCUAGAUCCAUAUGGACAUCGAACACUUAAAAAAUGUAUGGAUCAUGAAUCAAUCAAUAAAGUAUUUAGAAAAUAUAAGAAGGAUUAUGUACCGAAGUAUUUACAAGAAUGGAUUAAGAUUGGUACUAUGAACGAGAGUAUUAUUUCAUCAUUAAAUGAAUGUGAAUUAAAAUCAGCUGUAUCCAAAUAUGAAAAUGGUCAUCAAUUUAUUACAUACGGUGAAACAAUUGUAUGGGUCGGAAGUUAUGAAGAUUCAUGGUCUCGAAAAAUUGUAUUAAAAGUUCUAUUGACGGAUAACAUGGAGAAAAUCAAAAUGCAAAUAAAGAAGCAACGGCAAUUUACUAAUAUAGAAUUAAAGUCAUGUACGAUAGAUCAAAAUGUAAAACCAAGCAGAGAGCAUUGGACAAACGGUACACCACUAAAAUCGGAAGAUACUAUCAUGUCUUCUCAGUUAUAUCAAAGUAAUUGUAUCAUUAUGGGAAAAACCACCAACCAGAAGAGUAGUGUUACCAGUUCCAGUAUUAUGCAUUUUCAAAUGUUUGUAAAAACUCUGGUUGGAAAAACUAUCACUUGCAAUGUGGACUCAGAUAUGGAUAUAGCUACUGUGAAAGAAUUAAUACAAGCUAGUGAAGGGAUUCCUCCUGAUCAACAACGUCUUAUAUUUCGUGGAAUGCAGUUAGAAGAUGGCAGAACUCUUUCAGACUACAGUAUACCAAAAGAAAGUUCGUUACAUCUCGUACUACGUUUACGAGCUGGAAUGUAUCAUUUUACAAGUGGUCGACAGGAUUUUCGUAAUUUCUCUGAUGAUAUUGCCGAAGCUGUUAAAAAUAUUCUCGCAUUCAAGUUUAAAGAUAUGGAUCGUACUCAACAUGUAUCACCAUCUGAAUUACAAAAUUCUAUUUUACACGCACAAGCUAUUCUCUCAACUUUAUAUCGUGAAGUUCCAGACUUUUCUAUAUCUCAUAAUAUUCCAAACUUAAAGACCAUCAUAUUACCGACAUUCACUGACAAUGAAGACAGCAGUGACAGUGAAGAUGAUGACGAUGAUAUGUCUAACGAUCAAUGA